UCGUGACCACGUGACCAUAUUAGCAUCAUUACCACGUGACCAUAUAAGUAUCGUGACCACGUGACCAUAUUAGCAUCAUUACCUCGUGACCAUAGAAGUAUCGCGACCACGUGACCAUAUUAGCAUCAUUACCUCGUGACCCUAGUAGCAUCGCAACCACGUGACUACCACAGUAUCACUACCACGUGACCAUAGAAGUAUCUCUCUAUCACGUGAUCAUCAAAUGGGCAAGCAGAAUUCAAAAUUGAAGCCGGAGAUGCUGGAUGACCUCACCUCCCAGACCCAGUUCAGCCCGGCUGAGAUCUCCGAGUGGUACAAGGGUUUCUGCAAGGACUGUCCUUCCGGUCAGCUGACAGUGCAGGAGUUCCAGAAGAUCUACGGCAACUUCUUCCCCUACGGAGAUGCUUCAAAAUUCGCAGAACACGUCUUCAGAACAUUCGACGUCAACAGUGACGGAACGAUUGACUUCCGAGAAUUCAUCUGUGCUCUUUCUGUGACCUCUAGAGGUCAGCUGGACCAGAAGUUGAGGUGGGCGUUCAACAUGUACGACUUGGACGGCAACGGAUACAUCACCAAACAGGAGAUGUUAGAAAUAGUCACUGCCAUCUACAAGAUGGUGGGUUCGGUCAUGAAGAUGCCCGAGGACGAGUCGACACCCGAGAAGAGAACGGACAAGAUAUUCCGACAGAUGGACAAGAACGCAGAUGGGAAACUGUCCCUCGAGGAGUUCAUAGAGGGCGCCAAAAGUGACCCCUCCAUUGUCCGACUUCUCCAGUGUGACCCCAGUGGCGCCACACAGUACUAGACCAGAACAAAAAAUAAACAAAACAAACAAUUUUCAGCUACUAUUAUACCUGAGUUGAGACAAUGUCAGCCAAAAUUAAAAUUGAUAAAAGA